UUUUGUUUGUAUCGUAUGUUGUCGUUGUGCUCGUGCUGUGACUUGUGAAAACAACCAUCGUCCUUGAUUUUGCGAGUUUGAGAUCUCUACUUCCUACUUGUCAGCUGAUGAAUAUGCGUAUUUCACUUGCAAUGCGUGCUUGAAUCCUUUAUCAUGUAACAUUGCUCUGCCAGUGAGUUAGUGUUAUUGCAGUAUGACAAAAAUGAAAAUUGCAUUUCGUGAGUUUGUCAAUAUGAUCAGCUGUGCAAAUGUCAGAUAGCCGUCGGUACAGAUGGGCCAGGAAUUAUUGGAAAUUAUAAGUUUCAGGUAGAGAAUUUUCAUGUUCCAAUCAUGCUGUAUCUUUUCGAUAUUACUAAAUUUCCCUCAAAUUGGAUGCAUCUAGAUAUGGGUCUGACAGCAGCAAGCGUUCAAACGCUUAAAGAGCAUAUACAAGCUAAAUACAAAAUUAAUGCUGAUGAUCAGGUUUUAUUAGUUAGUGGGGGUGUCUGCUUAGACGCUUCAAAAAUAGUGUGCCACUACAGUGCUGGAACAGAUUCGAAUCCUAUAUAUUUCUUUAAUAAAAAGAUAGAUAAAACCGUAAGCUUUCCUGAAUGUCCAGAUGUAACCACUACAACUGAUGAACUGAGCUCAUUGUACAAAAAAUUGGCUAAAGUGAUCCCAUCAUUCCAAGCUGUGAUCGAUAGAGCGCACUUAGCAGAACGUAUGGCAACUUCUGCAAGAUUAAUUAUAGAGCAUUGUGAAGAAAUAAUAAGGGAUCAUCACGUUGCAAAUCAAGGGUGGCUAGCAGCUGUAGCAAAUUAUGAUGAUGUAGUCAACAACUGCCUUACCCACUAUAAAGAGACGAAACAAAAAUUCGGAGAUUAUGUUAAAGUGAGGGACUACUUUCAGAAUUUUCUUGAGAAAUUCAAAGAAAAGCUGCCACUUUUUAAGAAGAUCCCUAUUCUUCAGAAACUAUUGAGACCGCAUGAUGGUGAGAAUAGGCUAAUGCUUGAAUCUGAGACAUCGGAGGGGUUAUGCGAAGAUGAAUCUGAAGACACCUACACUUCGUUUUUUGACUGGAUAGGUAAAGACGAGCAGGGGAAUAGUAUCGAUACUAUAUUUAAAAAUUGCGAGGAAGAAAUCGAAUUCUAUAAGGAUGACACUUUCGAGAGUUCCUUCAAUGCGGUACCCCAAACUUUGGCAUUGGCAGGUUCCUCGAACAAGGAGAUAAACGUCAGCUUUUGGUUGAGCCACUUGGACGAAUUGAUCAACAAAGCGAAAGCAAUUGUUGAAGAGCAAACCAAAAUUUCUUCUUCGAUCCAGUUGAAUGUAGCAAGAAUGAAGGAUUGUAAAGAUAUGUCGAUAUUGCCUCACUUAUGCGAGACCCACGAGCAAGAACUGGAGGUAAUGAACGAAAAUCAUUCGAUUUUAAAAGACAUCGAAAACACAUGCAUCAAGGCAAAAUACGAGUUCACCCUCAACGUGCAGAGUCGCAUCGGUUGGAUUGUGCAUAUUGAGAAUGAGUUGCAACACAUAGGCGUCCAACUGGAUAUUUUCAACGAAUCUCUGGAGAGGCUCAAAUAUCAAAUGGACAUUUUGGAGAAAAUAUAUGCCGCUCCCACUGCUUAUUUCGCUUGUAUAGCGGAAACUGUCAGAAGGAGGUCGUUUUCCCAAGCAUUUUUAAUGUGGGCUUCUGAAAUGGCUUGCCGCCUGCAUACCAUGCAUAACGAGGAGGUGACCAGAAGAAAGGAAUUUCUUACAAAAUACGAGGAUACCUUCGUUCAAAUGCUGUUUCCUGGGUUAGACGAUCUCCCCCCAAGUUACGGAACCAAAGCUCCUUCCUACUUUGAUACAAGUCUUCCAAAACUCACUGUAGAAGAUAUCGAUUUCUUGAAAAAAUCUUUACCGGACUUGCCCAAAGAAUUGACAGAAUGUUUGAGCUUGGAAGAAUCCUCCGAUUUGUCUUAUUAUUUAUCGUUCAAAUCGAUUUUGAACACUCAGUCUGAUAAAUUAGAGGAGGAGUUACAGUUGGAUAACUUAGUGGAUAAGGCGGAAGACCAAAACGAGAACGUUGAAAAGGUGAUAGUCAAGGAAGGUGUUGCCGAGGCAAGUUUGACUGCUAUACAUGGUCUUCCUCAUUUAAGGGACGUAGACAGAGGCUGUGAAUCCGAAACGGAUACCGAAGAAUUCGAGAAGGUUGGUCAGAGUCCCUUGGAAUUGAAUUUCAACAAGGAAGCUCGUCCAAAAAAGCCGAAUACGCAAGAUGUCUCUACCUCGAUAGAGGAGACUCUGGAAAUGUGUAAGAGUGAAUAUAGCGGUCUGAGAUCCUCAGUCAGUCAAAUUUGUACCGUUGCUUCUCAGUCUAUCAACCAAAUCAAAUCGGAAUUAGACGAGUUCAAACGUAGUUACACUUUGAGUAAAAGCCAACUUUUAGAAUUACUGAAAACAAUUGUGAUAGGGUACGAAAAAUUGUGUGACGAACAAAAAAGUCACGAGCAAUCAGUCGUGUUGAAACUGACAACAGAACAUAAGAAUGAAAUUAGUGAUUUCCGGCGGUUAGCUCAGGUCAAAAAUGAAGAAAUCAAAAGUUUGAGGACUAACCUUCUAUUUCUCGAGAACAAAUUGAAGAAGGUCAGUGAAGAUGCGACAACGGAAAAGAAUAAUGCCGACCUUUACAAACGGAGGUGCGAAGAGUUGGCGGAAACGGUUUCAUUUAUGGAGAAGGUGAAAGAGAACACUAUUAAGGCCAUAACGGAGAAGCUGAAUAGGGAACAUGCUGAUAAAAUUAAGACACUGCAGUCCCGAUUCAGAUUGAUGACGAUGGAAAGGACUAUGUCGGAUAGCAGCCUGGAGAAAACUUUAGAAUUGAGCAUUCCGUCAAACCAACAGUCUGUAUACAGCCAAAUGCAGGAAAAUUUCGAAUUCCAAAAGGAGGCCUGCAUAAGAGAGACUCAGUUGUUGGAAGCCAAAAAAUGGGAAAAAGCCAUAAUUGAACUAAAGAGCGAGUUCGAAAGUGAGAAAGAAUCAUUGGUGAAAUCCAUGAACGAAAUAAGAGAAGAGGAGAUGAAAAAAUUACAGGAGAGAGAAAAGCAACUCUUGGACGAAGUCAACCAGUAUACUGAGACCAUAAGGGAAUUGACCUCUGCCCUUGAUGCUAGUUCCAAAAUAAAUAAUGAAGGGUCUAACGAGGGGGAGCAAGCAAGGGCUCCAAUUGUGGAAAACACAAGUUUCUCAGUUCUGGAACUUCAGAAAGAAAAGACUGAAACGGUAGCUAUGGCUGGCUCGUAUUCGGAAGGUAAAGUGGAUUGUGCGACCAGUCCGAUCAAGCAACGUAAGAGUAUUUCCAAAACGUUGAAUGUUCUCGGGAAAUCCAGUAGGCCUAAUGUGGAUGUGAUGAAACCCGGUGACUGUUUGGUGAUUGUAUGGGACGACGAAUAUCAGAACUUCAGGAUUGUUCAAAACGGUCCAAUUAUAUAUUUCCUCCAUCUCGACUGUCUUCAUUCUUUAGGUCUCGAAAUUCUUGGAGGUUCGCAAAAGAGACCGAAUAAAUUGUAUUGCUUGGGUGAAUACGUGGAAAAGGAGUACUGCUAUGCUCGUAAAUCCGAGAAUCGGUUUAAUGUUCCUCAAGGCACUAGAUUUUUCCGAGUCACAGUUAGGCCUUUACAACAGGAGAAGAUCAAUCAACAACCCUCGAAUUUACAGUCGUCCGAGGGCUCUUCGUCAUCUCAACAAGCAGGAUCUAUGUCCAUAGCUGAACUUGAACUGGCUCCUAUCCCACCUCUACCAAGAUGGAGAUACAGUCCGAAUCGUUUACCGCCAGAAACUUUUGGUAUAGUUCGAGAUAACAAGCCUGAAGUUAGUGAACCUAGUGACAAUAAUCCCGAGGACUCGAUUAGUUUACCAUUUCAAACGGCUAGUAGCGACAUUAAUGAUCAACAGCAUGAUCCAGUAAGUACUGGUGACGAUUUAAGUGAGUCACUUUGAAAAUCUUGAAAUCGGUUAUGAGACUACUCUUAGAAGAAUGGCUUGUGCAAUGCAGUUGAAGAAUGCAUAAAAAUAUUUUGUUCAACUCAGAGCUUGUGGGAAGGUUUUUCGAUGAUUAUAUACACAUAUUAUUUGAUUUUAUUUAAUCUGAAACCACACAUGCUGUUCAAUUUAUUCGCCUUUUCUUCUUUUCGAAUUGCGAAGAUGUUUAUUAAACUGACGGAAAAUUCUUCGUAACAUUAGUAAUUUUUGAGGAGUUAUGAAUGAAGACAAUUUCUUGACAUGUUGCACAACGGUAUGGCAAAGAUGGAAGAUCUGAAAUUUGAUUUGAUUGAGGGAAAAACAUAUUCUUCUCAUGUUUUAACUGAUUGAAGUAAUAAAUUUGUUUUGGUGAUUUUUCUCUUUUUUUAGAUAUAAUUUUUUUUCCAAUUUUCCCUUCACUAUAUGAAGUAGUUUUUAUAAUCAAAACUUGAUUUGUGAUUUUUCCGAAAAAGUCAAAUACAAUGAAUGGCAAUUUACAAUAGAAAUGAUUCCAUAAUAAAUAAAAAUAGAAAUGUUUGCAGCCUAUCCACAUGUAUUAACUGUAUUAUGUAAAAAAUAUUCUGAUAGAUCUGCUCUCUUCAAAUUCCUGUGUUGAAAUCACCUUUGUGCUGCUUAAAAAUUCAGUUUUAAGAUGGGUAUGUUUGAAAAAAAUUUGAAACUGCGCAGAUCAAAUCUCACUCUAACGUAAUCUCAAAAUCGUCUGUUGCUGUUGGUUACCGUAGUGCAAGCAGAGCCUGGUGUGUGUAAAAGGUAACCAACGGCAACCAACAAUUCUGACAGUUCGUUAGAUUGUCAAAUAACUUGGAUCCGGCUGAGGUUAGGUUAUGUUUUGAUGGGAUGCAGGUUCAUUUUUUGCGAGAUGAGUGUAUUGAUGACAUUUUUUUGCAUAAGAUUGAAUCAGAUAAUUUUUAUACAUAAUAUACAUAUUCAUAUAUCCCUAUAGGUUUUGAGCGCCGACGUGUAAAAGUAGCAUCUGUUCGUCAUGUUGUAUGAGAGGUUUGGUAUUGAAAAAUGAUUUCUUCUAACUUGAGUAGGAUUACUAUACCAAUACUGACUAGAAUUAAACACAAUAGUCAUUUUUAUUCGACGAGUCAUUGCAUCGAAAUAAUUUUUUAAAGUCCAUAUCUUCACACUGCCUCAUCAGUAUUCAUGCUUCCUUAUUCACGAAAUGAGUGUUAUGUGAGAUGGAAAUAAAUGCAAGUCAUAUCACUUGAAGAAAUAUUUAAAGACAUUAUCCAUCUGAUAUUAGAUCCAAGCAACAGUUUUCACAUUAAAAAAUUUUAUGACAAUGUUUAACACCCCUGCUACAACUUAGGAUUUUGAAUUGCAGAUUAUAUGGUAAUAAAUGUUCUAUUCAUUUUUCAAUAUCGAUGAUUAUUGAAUUGAUUUUAGUAAUUGACUUUUCGAGACGUUCAAUAGAUUAGAAUAAGAAAUUAUCCUAUUUUCAAUAAAACUGAAGUGUUUAUUUUGUGACUAAAUGUGAUGAAUUUGUUUUUAGUCCGUCUGGAAAUUCUGGUGUAUAAAAAUAUUUACAAAUUUUUAUAACAAACGAAAAUAAAAUCGAAAAUGUU